CCCCAAUUUCACUUUGUUUACCUGCCCCUCCCCUCCCCUUUAUUAAUCUGCGAACUUUCCCCUCUUCUUCUUCCCCAUCCGUCUUUCUUCUUAUUGUUCUCCUUUCCCAUGAAUGUUCAUCCGUUUCUUUGAAUUUUCACCCUCGCAUUGAAAAAUUCACCCGAUUUACAUUCAAUUACACCCGGAAUUUCCCCAAAUUCUGUUGGGUUUUCAUUAAAAGCGGAUCUUUUUUCCUUCUUCUUCGGCGAGGUUAUACAUUUUCCUUACUGGAUUUAUUCUCGAUCCGUUUCAGAUCUGAAAUCUGUGGCCGGAAUUUCAAUUUCUCGUUCAUUCAUAGAUGUCGAUGUCUUCCACGUAUUGGUGUUACAGGUGCAAUAGGUUUGUGAGGGUGUUGGCCCAAGAUCCAAUCGCCUGCCCGGAUUGCAGCAGCGGUUUCAUCGAGGAAGUCGACACUCCGCCGCCGCGAUCUUCUUUCUCCGAUUCUCGUCGGCGUCGUCUCCCGACCGCUGCUGCGGCAGCGAUGUACAUGAUGCCCAAUUCGGGUCAAAAUGCCGUGUCGGAUAUUGACGCGAGCCCGAGGCUGAGGAGGAGCAGGAGAAAUGGAGGAGAUCGGUCUCCGUUUAACCCCGUAAUUGUCCUCCGCGGUCCGGCCGAUAGCGGCGGCGGCGGUGGGUUCCAGCUUUAUUACGACGAUGGGGCCGGGUCGGGCUUGAGGCCCCUUCCGUCUAGCAUGUCGGAGUUUCUUCUCGGGUCGGGUUUCGACAGGCUGUUGGAGCAGUUGGCUCAACUUGAAGCCAACGGAUUGGGAAGAAUGGAGAACCCGCCGGCGUCGAAGGCGGCGAUCGAGUCAAUGCCCACCGUCGUAAUCGUUGACUCUCACAUAGCCACAGAUUCCCAUUGCGCCGUCUGUAAGGAUCCAUUCGAGCUCUCCGGCGAGGCAAGAGAAAUGCCCUGCAAACAUUUAUACCACUCCGAUUGCAUUCUCCCAUGGCUAUCCCUGCGCAAUUCAUGCCCUGUUUGCAGAUUCGAGCUCCCUGUCGACGCCGCCGGCACCCGGGAUUCAGCGGAGCCCACCAGAACCCCCUCGAACGACCAAAGCCUCAUCGCAAAUGAAGAUCAAACCGUGGGGCUAACAAUCUGGAGGCUGCCCGGCGGAGGAUUUGCCGUGGGAAGGUUUACCGGCGGCAGGAGGGGAGGGGAGAGGGAGCUCCCGGUGGUGUACACCGAAAUGGACGGUGGAUUCAACAGCAAUGGGGCGCCGAGGAGGAUAUCCUGGGGGGCAGGAGGGAGCGGAUCAUCACGGCGGCGGAACGGCGGCCUGAGGAGGGCGGUGCGGAACUUGUUUGCGUGCUUUGGCGGGGGUGUUGCGUCAUCAGGGUCGAGUUUUAGCUCGGAUUCAAGAAUAAGUCACAGUAGUGUGAUGUCAUCGGCUAUCCGGCCCAGUGUUUGAGGUCGUCGUCGGUCGGUCGGCGGCGAACGAGUCUUACCGGAAGAAACGCGCCUGGUAAAAUUAAACCUUUUUUAAUGAAGAAGAAGAUUGAUAUAAACGCGGUGUUCAUGUAAAUAAUACAGUACUCAUUGCCUUAUGCAAUUACUAUUAUGGCUCCCAAUGGGUGUUUUCAGAUUCAAUAGAAUUAUCUUGAUGCUGAAUUUUACCCCUCCCGUAGAUUUUUUCUUUCAAAUUUACCCUUCAAUGUUGAUUAAAUUUCUAAAAUGAUA